CUUUCCUAUAAAAUUUUGUUUUAAUCUUUUCCCUUUUUUCUCUGUUUGUUUUGCUUUUUUUCUAAGCUGAUAAAAAACUAUGGCUUCCCUUUUACAACCUGGUGAAAUCACUGUCGUCCUUGGUGCAGUUUGGGGUGAUGAAGGAAAAGGAAAACUCUCUGAUAUCUUGUGUGCUGAAGCUGAUAUUUGUGCUCGCUGUCAAGGUGGCAACAAUGCUGGUCAUACUAUUGUUGUUGGUGAUGUCAAGUACGAUUUCCACAUGUUACCUUCUGGUCUAAUCAAUCCCAAUUGUGCAGCCUUGGUAGGUGCAGGUGUGGUUGUGCAUUUGCCUUCAUUCUUUGAAGAAAAGGAAAAAUUGGAAGCCAAGGGCUUGAAUACGGAAGGUCGUUUGUUUGUGUCCGAUCGUGCUCAUCUUGUGUUUGAUUUCCAUCAACGUAUCGAUGGUUUGAAGGAAAUUGAAUUGGGUCGUGGCAGUAUUGGUACUACUGGUAAAGGUAUUGGACCUACUUAUUCCUCCAAGGCUUCUCGUUCUGGUCUCCGUAUUCAUCAUUUAUAUAACUUUGACGAUUUUGCCGCUCGUUUCCGUACUAUGGUGAACAACAAAUUCAAGCGUUAUGGUCAAUUUGAUUAUGAUAUCGAUGCUGAAUUAGUUCGUUACAAGGAUUUGGCUGAACGUCUUCGUCCUUAUGUUAUCGAUAGUGUUGCUUAUUUGCACAAGGCUCGUAAACAAAACAAAAAGAUCUUGGUUGAAGGUGCUAAUGCUCUCAUGUUGGAUUUGGAUUUCGGUACCUACCCUUAUGUUACUUCUUCUAAUACUACCGUUGGUGGUGUCUGUACUGGUCUUGGUGUUCCUCCUCAAACUAUUAAAAAUUCAAUUGGUGUUGUCAAGGCUUAUACUACUCGUGUUGGUGGUGGUCCUUUCCCUACCGAACAAUUGAAUGAAAUUGGUGAACACUUCCAAACUGUCGGACAUGAAUAUGGUGUUACUACUGGUCGAAAACGUCGUUGUGGAUGGUUGGAUCUUGUUGUUGUUAACUAUAGUAACAUGAUCAAUGGAUACACUACUCUCAAUAUCACAAAAUUGGAUAUCUUGGAUACUUUACCUGUCAUCAAGGUAGCAGUGGCCUAUUUGUUAGAUGGAAAACGUUUGGAAUCUUUCCCCUCUGAUCUUAGUAUUCUUGAAAAGAUUGAAGUUGAAUAUGUCGAACUUCCUGGUUGGCAAUCAGAUAUCUCAAAAUGUCGAAAGUGGGAUGACCUUCCUGAAAAUGCAAAGAAGUAUAUUGAAUUCAUCGAAAAGGAAACGGGUGUGCCUGUUGACUGGAUUGGUGUUGGUGCUGCUAGAGAUGAAAUGGUCCGUAAACCUUUGAAUUAGAAUCAUUUAUUUAUUAUACACACAACUUCAUAUAAUUUUGUUUGAAUAAAGAAUCGAACUCUUCCCAUUUUU